AUGAACCUCAAGCUGGGCGGAAACGAUCAGCUGAUUGACAGCUCCCAACUUGGGCUUGUCAGCGAGGACAAGACAAUGGUCGUCGGGAUCAACGUGACCCACACGUCUUCAGAUUCGAGCCGUCGUGCGCCGAGUGUUGCCGGAAUGGUCGUCAGCGUGGAUAGAUGGCUCGGACAGUAG